UUCUUGAUUAUUUAAUCCCUCAAUUCCGUGAAUUAUUAUUAUUACAUGAUGAAUUCGUUCGAUUCAAAAGAUGGGUUCUUCCCCGACGAAGUCAUAAUCCAGAUUCUGGCACGAUUGCCCAUCAAAUCCUUAUUCAGAACCAAAUGUGUCUCCAAAUCAUGGUACAACCUAAUUUCCGACAAAUACUUCACAAAUCGAUACAACGAGGUUUCCAUUCGAAACCCUAUGGUCCUUGUAGAAAUCAACGACCCCACUCUAAAUUCGAAACCAAGUUUGAUUCUUGUCGAUAAUUCCAAGGGCGUGUCUGAAUUUUCCUUGGAUUUUGUAAACGAUAGAGUCAAAAUCAGAUCUUCUGGUAAUGGAUUGUUGUGCUGCUCCAGCAUACCUGAUAAAGGUGUUUAUUACGUAUGCAAUCCGAUGACUAAAGAGUAUCGAUUGCUCCCGAAAACCCGAGAGCGGCCUUUUUCUCGAUUCUACCCCGACGGUGAAGCUACUUUAGUCGGAUUAGCUUGUGAUAUAUAUACGCAGACGUACAACGUUGUAUUGGCAGGGUACCACCGCUCGUUCGGGCAUAGGCCAGGGAGGACUUUUACAUGUAUGGUGUUCGAUUCCGAUUCGAACAAGUGGAGAAAGUUUGUGACUUUGCAAAAUGACAAUUUUACCCAUAUGAACCGGAACCAAGCUGUGUUCGUGAACGGUGCGUUGCAUUGGCUGACCGCGAGUUGCUCCUCGGUUAUGGUUCUUGAUUUGGGUACCGAGAUUUGGGGGAAAAUCGAGCUGCCUAGUGAGGUGACUUGCGAGGCAAGGAAUAUUCGGGUUUAUUUGUUGGAGUGUGAGGGGAGAUUGUCGGUUGUUGAGAUAUCGGAUGUGUGGAUGAGUAUUUGGGUUAUGGUUGGGGGUGAUUAUCGGGUGGGGGAGUGGUGCAUGGUUGAUAGGGUGAGUCUGAGGUGCAUUAGAGGGAUGGUGCCAGGUGUCUUUCCGAUAAGCCAGACGAACGAGUGUGUGUUUCUUGCGACACAUAAGCAGGUGCUUGUGUAUCAACGAAGGAGUCGGGUUUGGAUGGAGAUGUAUUCGGUGAAGCAUUCUUCGGUUUUGCCUUUGUGGUUUUCUGCCCAUGCUUUUCGGAGCACUGUUUUUUCUUGCAAGUAAAUUGUCUGGACAUUGGUGUACAUAGUAAUAUUAGUAAAGUUUAUUUUGUAUCUCUUAUUACAUUCAAAGGUUAUUGCAUUUCUUGUGUUGUGUACAUGGCAAUUUUUAUUUUAUUUUGUUGAUUUAUUUUAUCAAUUAUUGUUAUUAUUUUGAGUAGGACAAGUGGAGAACGAUCGUAACUUUGCAAAAUGACCAAUUUACCCAUUUGAACCGGAACUAAGCUGUGUUCGUAAAACGGUGCACUGCAUUGGCUAACCGCGAGUUGCUCUUCGGCUUGGUUCUUGAUUUGGGUUUGGAAAUUUUGAGCAAAAUCGAAUCGCCUAGUGAG